GUUCGUGUUGCUGUGUUGGCAUGGCAGCAGAUCACGGCGAGCUGCUGGCUGAGAUGGCCACAGUCGGGCGUCUGAGCGCCACUGAACGCCUGAAGCACGCCCAGAAGCGUCGCGCUCAGCAGCUGAAAGCUUGGAUGCAGAUGGAGAAGGAUACAGCACGAGGGUCGAGGGCCAAAGCGGAUAAGAAGAAGGCACGCACCACCAAAGUGACAUUCCCCAAUGCCAUCACCCUGCUGGAUGCAGCUGCCCGCAAUGACCUGAACGAGGUGAGGGAACUGCUUAACACCGGCAUCAGCCCAGAUCUGGUCAACGAGGAUGGACUGACAGCCCUGCAUCAGUGCUGCAUUGAUGACUUUGUGGAGAUAGUGCAGUGCUUGCUGGACGCUGGCGCCUCUGUGAAUGCCUGUGAUAGUGAGUUAUGGACACCACUGCACGCUGCUGCCACCUGUGGACACACCGGUCUGGUGCAGCUCCUGAUUCAGGCUGGGGCUGACCUACUGGCUGUCAAUGCGGAUGGCAACAUGCCCUAUGACCUCUGUGAGGAUGAGGCCACCCUCGAGCUGCUGGAGAUGGUUAUGGCUGAACAGGGGAUAACUCAGGAGCGUAUAGAUGAAUGCAGAGGGGCUAAAGAGAGAGCCAUGCUGGCUGACAUUCGGGCUCUGGUUCAGAGCAAAGCAGACUUAAACACUCAGGACGAUAAUGGAGCAACACUGCUCCAUAUAGCAUCUGCUAAUGGCUACAUAUCAGUGGCGGAGCUGUUGCUAGAGAACAGGGCUCAGGUGGAAGUGAAGGACUCUGAUGGCUGGACACCGCUACAUGCAGCCUCCUGCUGGGGACAAAUUCAAAUGGUGGAACUGCUGGUAGCCCAUGGAGCAAGUCUAAGCACCAAGUCUGUCCUGGAGGAGACGCCUCUUGAUGUGUGUAUGGAUGAGGAGGUAAGAGCCAAACUAAUGGACCUAAAGCAUAAACACGACGCCAUCAUGAAGAGCCAGGACCGGCAGAAGGGCACACUGCAAAGACGAGCCUCUAGCACUGGCAGCAGAGGUAAGGUGGUGCGUCGUGUCAGCGUGAACGAGCGUUCCAGUCUGUACCGACGAGAGCACCACAAAGAGGCCAUGGUGUGGCAGGAGCGAGGACGACAGCCCGAUCCACAAGACGACGAUGAGGACAGACAGACAGACAAUGAGCUACACCAGCAUGCCACCAUGGUUGCUGGUGGUACAGCGACAUCACGUUUAGGAGAACUGGAGUCCGCAGACAGGAAAAUAGUGUCCAGCCUAGGUAAUGGAGGGACAUCUGUAUCCCUGGCUGCCUCUGUGCCUGGAGAGCUGCGGAGUGGUGGAGGUCUCAUGGAGCGCAGCGCCUCCUACCAGCUCUGCCCUGCACCUGGAGCUGAGUCAGGGUCUAGGUCUACAGAGGGCGAGGGGACCGACAGUAUGACACGAGAGAAAUCGCACCACACGCUGGCUGACCUGAAACGCCAGCGGGCAGCUGCCAAGCUCAAUAAAUACCCUGCACCUCCACCACCUCUGCCCCCUCCCUCAGAGGAGGAGCCUCCAGUUGCAGUAGUUGAGAUUACAACUACUCAGGCCCAGCCAGAGCUCCAAAUGACGCCCAGUACAGAGCAGGUAGCCUCCCCAAGCCAGGUGUAUUUCACCCCAGCCAGCGGAGAUCCUCCACUGCUGAAACUCCGAGCGCCUGAGGAGGAACAGUCUACCAACAAGGAGCCCUGCUGUGGACUCAUGUAGACAGCCUGACACACUCAGACAUGCACAUGAACAUACUGCCUACAGAGUAGAGGAGCGAGGCAUGUAACACUCCAAAGUGGCAAAAACAUUUCAAAACAGACACGUUUGAAGUGAAUCAUUGAAGACUGUAAGCUAAGGCCACAUGCCAAUGAGGGUUUGAUCUACACUGCAUUUCACAUAACUAAAGUGCAAUCUAUGUGCUUAUUCUCUCUUUGCUUGGCUUUUUUAAUCAAUAUUAUACACUU